AUGCCGGAAACACUCACCCACAAGGCGCCUGCUUGGCUCACCGAGGAAAACGUGGAGAAGAAGCUGCGAGUCUACUUCAAGGACGAGUCCCUGCACGUGGAACAGCUUGAGAUCAAGCCGGCAAUAGGCAAUGGGGAGAACUACGCCAGUGUGAUGACUCGUAUCAAUGUGGAGUACACUACGAAGGACUCGCAGGUUGCGGAGUUUGCAACAUUCCUGGUAAAAACCACCUUAGCCGACAAGGAUCCGGCCUCUGACUUGUUCUCGGAAUAUGGGAUCUACACCCGAGAAAUGGACAUGUACAAGCAGAUUCUGCCCCAUCUGGCAGAUUUGGUUAAGGAGGAUAUUGGGGAAUCUCGGAAGAUGUUCGCUGGCACUGUAGAUGUGGAUCGAGCAAGGAACUCAAUUAUCUUCGAGGACCUUUCGCUGGAGAAGUAUAAGGUGGCCUGUCGUCUUAAGAAAUUGGAUCUAGAACACACCCAUCUGGUUCUUGAGAAGCUGGCAAGAUUCCAUGCCUCCGGAGCAGCUUUGGCUGAACGUCAGCCUGGAAUCUUUGACAAAAACUACGAUCGAGGGUUCUUCAACAAACACACUAGACGUUACGAACACAUCAUGACGUCCCUCCUCAAGGCUUUGUCCCGCUCUUUAGAGUUGAAUCAAGAUCUUAAAAAGCGUUAUCAAGCUAAGAUCGAUAGUCUAAUCAAUCGUUUAAUGGAUUAUGGUGAGCGAUCGGCAACCGUUAAUCCGGGAGAUUUCGCGACUUUAACUCAUGGCGAUCUGUGGACCAGUAACGUUAUGUUCCAGUACGACGGAAAGGGUCAUCCCACCAACGCAAUCUUCAUUGACUUCCAGUUUAGUGUGUGGAACUCUCCGUUUAUUGAUUUGCACUACUUCUUCUCCACUUCGAUCCAAGAAGAUCUCCGUCUGCAUCAUCAGCCGGCGUUGGUGCAAUUCUAUUACAACAACCUAGUGGAGGCUCUAAAGAAACUAAGGUUUUCUGGACACAUUCCUAGUUUGUUUGAAUUCCAGCAGCAGUUUCGGGCCAAAGCAUUCUACGCUGCAUUUGCUUCCUUGGUUUUUGCACCCACUAUGGUGUACACCGGCAAGGAGGAGGCGUCCGUAGAGCAGAUUAUAUCUACGAGCGAGCAGGGAUUACGGUUCAAGGAUUCUCUUUAUCAAUCUGAGUAUAUGCAAAAGUUUCUGCUCUCCACAUUGCCGUUUCUUGAUCAGUUUGGAUUGUUAGAUGAAAUGUAA